GUUAGAAUAAAAAUUGAGUACAGUUUUUAAAGUGUAAGUCAAAUGCACUUCUCUUCUAACAUUUGACUGCCAUCCACUCUUGGCAUCGACGCUUGAAUGGCAUUACGAGCACCCCUCUGUCUAUCUAUUGUCUGCAGCAUAAUCCGACUGGUGAACCCAGAACUUGACAUUCGACCAGUCGACUGUAAAAACAUCGACGGCAUCAUCAUGCACAAAGUCUGCUACAAGUACGAAAGUACGGCUCUCUCCUGGGAAAAAGCAAAGCAAUUUUGUCUAGAGAAGCAGAUGACGCUCUUGUCGUCUGAUGACUUGAUGGUCCUACAGAACUUACAGGAGGCCGUCUUGAUCGUCGGUGAUAAAGAUCCAACAGAGAGCCACACGUACUGGCUCGGCGCCCGCUACAAACAGUCGGCCGCCGCCUACUACUGGUAUCACAACAAGCAACCCCUGCCCAACCCCGGCAGCUUCAACCUGUCGGCAACCCACGACAGCAGCAGGGAGUGUCUGGUGGUCAAGCGAGACAAGAUCACUGAGGAGAACUGCGACAAGACGCACGAGUUUUUCUGUCAGCACGAGGGGAUCAGCAAGUUCGGCAACAAUAUGUUGUGCCACUGUGCCCUCGGGUACUGCGAUACGGACGGCAAGUGCCUCAGGCCUGACAGUCUGUGUGAGAAGAACUGGUUUGCCGAGUCAUGUCAGUACUACGACAUUGCCGCCGACAUCGAAAGUGUCAACUCCUUACUGCGUGACAACGAUGACAAAACUUGCAUCACGAUGAGAGGCCUGACCCUCACACUCAACAAGCCGUUCUACUUCACCUGGAUGAGGCUGGUCUUUAAACGCAAAGGUGAAAACAGCGGUAUACAAAUUGGCUUCAGACUUCGAACACAAACGGAAGUGGCGUGUACUGAUCAAGUGAUGCUGACCAUUGAUGACGUCACGGUAGAUUUGAUCUGUCGGUUCGAACAGGUGCUGGUGACGGUGAUCACCAUCAGCUGGGAGGGGGAGAGGAGCAUCUGCUCAGUGUACAUCAGUGGAGGCCAGAACUUGGCCUACAUGGGCUCCACCAGCCAGUCGGGCAGUGAAGUGACGUCACACUACACCAUCGACGGGGUCAAAGGUUACCCUGCGCUCUGUGCCAGCACAGACCACACCUUGGACAACCAGUACUGGCUUCUGCUCUUCUCCCAGCCCUACUCCAUCCACACGGUCUUCCUGUACCGCCAGACUAGUGAGUAACCCAACCCCUCCCCACCCACAGACCACACCUUGGACAACCAGUACUGGCUUCUGCUCUUCUCCCAGCCCUACUCCAUCCACACGGUCUUCCUG